CGCCGUCACCCGUCAGUCUGACUGUCUGAGUCAUGCUGAGUGGUCGUGGUCGUACAAUGUGCAACAAUUGUGUCUGUGUCGUUUUCGUCUUGUCGAACUCGAAAGCGAAGUAUGUGUAAUCACACCAUCUCACCGGCUCAUGGUGCCAUAUAGUAAAGAGUAAACGUACUGUAUUUACGAACGGUGUGUUGGGUUACUUCUCAUCGUCACUCCUCGUCAGUUCAGUUCAGUUUCGAUGAGAUCAGAGAUGAAUCAGCUCGCUUGUGCUUUUGUCGCCGGAUCGUCGUCUUCUUCUUCUUCGAUGCUUCGUACGUCUUUUCGAAUUUCUUUUUCUCAAUUAUUUUGUGCUCGUCGUUGAUCGUGGUGUCAACGAGUACAAUUUAUCGUACUCUUUUAGCACUUCGGUACAUAUUGUAAGGUAGUGAAGUGUAGUGCAGUGAUUUGUGUGUGCAUUGUGCCUUUUUCGAAACCAAAUUUGAAAUUCUGCUGACUAAACUAUUUUGUUAAAAAUGUGCAACGGCAGCGUACUCGUUUUGGUACCCAUCGUGGCGCUGCUAUUUAGCUGCAAAUUUACCCAAGUAAUUUGCGCAGUGGAUUUUUGCACCGAUGAUAAUACGUUGAACUACGAAUCACAUUUGCAGACUGAUCAACCGAUCAGCAGACAGGAAUUUGGUAUCGGUCGUCAUAUGAAAAGAUUGCAGUGCUGUGCCAAAAAUUAUCAAUCCAUUUUAUGGUUCAAGGAAGGCAAACCAUAUCCGUGGAAAGAAGAAACCUCAAACUUUAUUAUCGACGCGAAAAGCAAUAACCAAAGUAUCAAAGUACAAAGCUUAUCCAGAGAAGAUGGUGGAAUAUAUUCCUGCGUUAUCAUUUCAGCUGAUUCUCAACGCGUCACUCACCAAAUCUCGUUGAAGGUUUUUGAUAGCGGAUACUCUGGAAUGCCAAUGCAUACGUUUAUCGAACCUCGCAAUUUGGCCGUUCAUACUGGUUCUGGCCUCCGAUUGUACUGCGAAGCUUUCGUUGGAAAAAUUGAUUUACCCGAUGCCCAGAACAAGAUUAAUUGGUUCAAAGUAGGAGUGAAUGACACGUUCUCAUCUAUGUCGAAUAAUUCUCAAUGGCAGCUCGAUAAAAUCGUGAAAGACGAUGGCCUAACUUUGGGAUUGUAUUUGGUUACUGACAACGUGAAAGAUACUGAUUUGGGCGAGUAUGUGUGCUCAGUUAGUAAUGCUGCCGAUCAAAUUACUCAAGUACGCACCAAACUUAUUGACACUGACUCAGGCAGAUUAGUUGUGUAUUUGGCGAUUUGCGUAUCAUUCGUGGUAUUGGGCGCUGUUAUUUAUUUAUUUUGUCGCAAAUAUGUCUACGAUAUUCGAGCGUGUAUGCGACAGUACACGACUUUUGAGAAAUACGACGACAACAAAGAUUACGAUGUUUUUAUUUUAUACGAAAUGCAAGAAGUACAGUUCGUGAGCGAUGUUUUGAUACCUGCUCUAAAUAAUGUGCACGACUACGCGUUGAGUUCGCAACUUUUGCGAAAUGAUGUCGCUAUAGAUAUGGAAUGCCGAACGAGGAUCGCAGCGAGCAGAUGUCUUCUACUGGUGCUACCCAGUCCGCGUCACAACCAAGAUAGAGAACAAUUUUCUCAGAACUUGCUUACAGCUUCCAAUUUGCAUAACAAAGUGAUUUGUCUAAUUGUGCAGGAAAACGAUACCGAUGAAAAAUUAUACCAAGCGGAAUUGACCAAAUUCGCGAAACGACUGACUUUUGUACAAGUUUCGGCCAAAAAAGAAGACUGGAGCAGACUGUGGCAUUUCUUAAGGCUGCAUUUGUCUACGAAUAAGAAAAUUUUCAGUACCAUUAAUUCUAAACGUUACUCUACCGUAAAUGAUAAAAACGCAGCGAGCGUAUACAUGCUGUGAAAUUUUGUACUCCUCUGUAGUGUUGUAUACUUACUGAGUUACUUAUACUUACCUUAAUAUGUAUCUUAUUUUUAUUUACUUAUUCGUCCUUACAAUGUUACUUGUGAUGCAUUUAUUAUAAUAUGUAUUCGAUUGGUCAUAGUGAGUCUGGUACAAAACUUUUGUAGUCUCCUUUGUACCUACAUACCUAGACUUAUUACCUGUGUUGUAUAUGUUUGUUAUACCUACAUGUAAGUACAAAGGCUGUUAUUUUAGCCAGUCUAUUGUAUAUUAUUUUUUAUUUGUGUGAGUAUUUUAAAAAGCAUACUUAAAUAUUUCACAUUGAGACUGAUUUUUUUUUCUUCUAUAUGUGUACUUACGUAAGUAAUUACCUAUUAUUUUAAAAUUAUUCUUUCUACGCGAUUAAAAUUGUGAUAUUUUUUGUUCUGUUCAUGUGCCUACAUUAAAAUUUGUCAAUACUA